AUGUCCAACCAAAGGCAGGCCUCAUCGGCUUCUCAAACCCCACACCUCUCCCCCGCCGAGCUCUCCUACCUCUACACCUCCCUCUCCCUCCCCCAAAGCCCCAUUCGCCCCGACGGCCGCUCACCUACUCAAUUCCGACCCUUAACCGCCGAAACCAACAUCCUGCCCGGUACAAACGGCAGCGCACGCAUUGGCUUCGCAGACGGCACGCAGGCCAUCGUCGGUGUCAAGGCAGAGGUCGAAAAGACGACAUUGUCGGCAGAUACCCUCGACGCGCGGAAUGAAUUCGGUUCCAACGAGGACCGCGAGGGCCAGGAAGGAUCGGCUGCUGUUUCGGGACAUGGAUCUUGGGUGCAGAUGUCCAUUGAGAUCCCUGGUUUCCGCGAUGAUGAUGCGCUGCCUGUUUUCUUGUCUGAGAUGAUGCGCGAGUCGUUGGUUGGGUCUGUUGGUGCCGAUGCGAGCGGUAUGGCUGGCGGCCUCAAGGGGAGACUGGUUAUUAAUAAACGCUGGCAUUGGCGGUUGUACAUUGAUGUCCUUCUUCUUUCUCAACCUUUGUCAUACCCUCUCCCACUUCUUUCUCUUACUACUCAUCUUGCUCUUUUGUCUACCAAGCUCCCCAAGAUCAAGUCCCAGGGUGAGGAGGAUCCUUUCUUCGACGAUGACUGGGCUGUUGCGGAGUACCUUUACCCGCGCUCUUCGACUGCGCUGAGAAAGUCCCCUUCACAACAUGUCCGCCCGCCGGUGACACUUCUCGUCAUCUCGGUAGGCGACAAUGUCAUCUUCGAUCCGAACCGGGAAGAAAUUGCCGUUGCGGAUGCCGUGCUCGCCAUUUCCAUAGCCCGUGAUGAGGGCGAGGGCUUGAAAUUGCUUUCGAUACGCACCAUCGAUCCCCCGUCUCGACUUACGCAGCCGGGUAUCCCAAACUCCGAGAAUGUGAAUAUGAUGGGCGCUACGCCUGCCGAGGAGAUUGUUUUGAGCCAGACUACCGGCGAGGAGGAAGUGUCGGGCGUGUGGCGCCCUCGCCGGGGCGGAGUCAAGCGCAGCGUUGUUGCGAAUAUGGUCAAGACGGUCCUGAAAAAGGGUGGUGUGGGUGAAGAGGUGCUUGAGGGAUUGGAGGGUGUCGAGGUA